AUGGACAAGAGGGACCAGGCCAGGGCCGGGGCCGCCGCGCGGACGCCGGCUUCUCGCCCUCCCGGCCUUCCGACCCCCAGGCUCCCAGGGUCUCCUCGACCCCCUCCCCCGGUAACCUCCGCAGCCCUCCGAGUUCUGGGAGCAGCAGGAGCUGCGGGGCGAAGGCCCCUGGCGGAGCGAGCCGGGGGUAUCGGCGGAGCCGCUCUUCCGGAGGCUGCCCCCCGAGUGGGACCGACGCGGGGCGCCGGGACAGGCCCCCGGAGCCCAGCCUCCAGGCCCCCAGCAGCUGGGAGAGGGGAGCGGACCCCCACCAAGACUCCAGUCCCGGGCUCUGUCUCUAGCCCGGGGCGUGCCAGUGGGACCACCAGGCCAGGCCCCCUCGGCCAGAAGGGUCUCCGUCCCACAGCUGAGGAACUUGUGGCCAGAGGAAAAGCCCCGGAGGCUCCCAGAAGGAAUGCCCUGAGCACCGGGGCACGGAGAGAUUCUUCGGGGCUCACCCCAGGCGGCCCCUCCCCGGCCAUCGCCCGUCGGUCCCAGGCGGCGGGCGGUGAGGUGGGACUUUCCAGGCCAGGUCCGAGUGCUCGGCCACGGCCCCCGACCGAGGCCCCCAGGAAAUCAGUGAGCAGCAGCACGGAGCGCAGCGUAGUCGAGCCGAGCCCAGCUGCUAGGAGGCGGCCUAAUGCCGGCGGGAGCCUCCAGAGACCAGCCUCGCGGCCCCUGAGCUCCAGCUUCACCCCUCUGUCCUCCCCAGCCCGCUCUGGAGCCUCGCCCCGUGGAACACCCCGGGCUCCUGCGCAUCCCUUGCAGCCCAAGUCCAAAGGGCUGCAGGCUCUGCGCCCCCCACAGGCCACAUCCCUAAAGAAGGACACAGCCCCACUGCAGCACCCUCUCUCUUCUCCCUUGGCCACACCCUCUCCGCUGGGUCCCCACGCACAACAGGCACCGCCUUCCCACAUCAGAGACGCGUCUCUGCCGGACACACUCCCACCCUCUCCACCGACCACGCCCCCUCCACUGGCCCCGCCCCACAACCAGGCUCCGCCCUCCCCACAGACCACGCCCCUCUCACAGGAUUUUCCUUGUCCCUUGGCCACGCCUCUUCCACUAGGCCCUCCUGCGCCUGCUCCACUCUCUCUGCAGACCCUCCCUUCUCCACCGGCCACGCCCCCUCUUCAAGCUCCACCCCCACACCUGAGUGCAUCCUUUCCGGAAGCAUCUGCCUCUGCCCCGGCCACGGCCGCUUUUGUGGCUCCAUUCUGUCCAUCGGUUUCCCCCACUCUGCAGAGUAUGCCUCCCACCCAGGCUUCUCCGGCUUUGCCCCUUCUUCUGGCUCCACCCUCGCCCGUGGCCACACCUCCUUUGUCAGCUCCACCACCAGCCACGCCCCCUCCACUAGUCCCUGUUUCUCCGGCCACAUCUCUGCGGAAACCGCCCUCUCCCCUAGCCACAUCCUCUCUGCCGUCCCUUCCCGCCCUGACCACGUCCCCUCCACGAACACGUCCUUCUCUGUCUCCGCCCCCUCCUCAGGCCACGCCCUAUCCACCUCUCACACCGCCCUCGCAGGACCCUCCUGUCCCUGACACAGCCCCUCCUCAGGCCACUCCCUCUCCCCUGACCAUGCCCCCCACGCAGGCCCCACCUUCUCUGACCUCCCCGCCUCUGCAGGCCCCUCCCUCUCCUCUGGCCGGGUCUCCUCUGCAGACCCCACCUUCUGUGGGCUCGCUCCCUCUACAGGCCACGCCUCCUUUCCUCCCCACGGCCCCUAUGCAAACCCAACCUCUGACCUCACCCCCUCUGCAGGCCUCUCCUCCCCCUGCCACACACCCUCUGCCCCUUCCCUCUCCUCCAGCCUCACCCCCAACCUCUCCCCUUACCACGCCGCCUCUGCAGGCCCCACCUUCGCUAGCCUCGCCUCCUCUGCGGGUCUCUCUCUUUCCCUCUGCCUCACACCCCCGGUCUUCUUUGGCCACACCCUCUCCACUGGCCCCAUCUUUUCUGGCGUUGUCCCCCACGCAGGUCCCGUCUCCUACCAUGACCACGCCCCCUCCACAGGCCCCGCCUUCUCUGGACUUGCCCCCUCUGCGGGUUCGUCCCCCUACCCUGACCACGCCCCCUCUGCAGGCCCCACCUCUCCUGGCCCCGCCCCCUGUGCGGGGCCCUCCCUCUCCCCCUGCCUCGCCCCCUCUACCUACUCCACGCCGCCCUCCGACCCCGGGUCCGGAUGCCAACAUCUCGGGCCCACGGCUGACUCUGGCGCUGGCCCCGGCCCCGCCGCCGCCGCCCUCGCGCAGCCCGUCCAGUACGCUGAGCGGCCCGGACCUGGCCGGCCACAGCAGUAGCGCCACGAGCACGCCCGAGGAGCUGCGCGGCUACGACAGCGGGCCCGAAGGCGGCGCCGCGGCCUCCCCUCCUGCCGACGCGGAACUCGCCGCCUGCCACCCGGCCUCCUGGAGCCGAGGACCCGCUCCACCGCUGGCCAUCCGCGGCGCCCCGGGAGCGCCUCUGCCGUGGCCUCCAGCUGCCGGGCCGGGCUCCGCUGACGGCUUGUGCACCAUCUACGAGGCUGAAGGGCCCGAGUCGGCGAACCCCGCCCCAGGCGCGCUGGAUCCGGGGCCCGGGCCCGGCGCGGGAGGUGGGAAAGUGGCGGCUGGGGCGGGGGCGGGGGCGUCCUCGCGGAGCCCGAAGUCCGCGCGCCUGGGCGAGCUGCCGCUGGGGGCGCUGCAGGCGAGCGUCGUGCAGCACCUGCUGAGCCGGACGCUGCUGCUGGCGGCGGCCGAGGGUGCCGCAGGCGGCAGCGGCGGUGGUCCCGGGGGUGCGGAGGGUGGUGGAGUCGCAGGGGGUGCCCGGGCUGCGCUCAGUGACGCAGAGCUGGGCCGCUGGGCCGAACUGCUGUCUCCCCUGGACGAGUCCCGUGCCAGCAUCACCUCGGUCACCAGCUUCUCCCCGGACGACGUGGCCUCCCCACAGGGUGACUGGACGGUAGUGGAGGUGGAGACCUUUCACUGAACCGGACCCCAGCCCCGCCUAUCACACCCCAUCCCUGCCUUCGGAUCCGCCCCUACGGUUAUGCCCGUUUGUCUUAGACCCCGUCCCCCCUCCUCUGGAACCCCCCACUCUCGCUGGAUUGGUCUUAGCUCCUUAGAGCCCUAGUCUUUUGCUCCAGGCUCCACCGCUGCCUUUGGCCUAGGCUCGGGACCCACCCACACCUUUGUCCUAGGCCCUACCCUCGAGCCACGGC